AAAACAUAGUUGCGGUUGCAACCUUACCUGAAGUUGUCCCACCUAAAAGCUAAUAUUUGGAUUGGAUUUUCUUAAAUCAUGCUAAAAUUACAUUUGCCACUGGUUUACCUAUGUCUCUACAUAGGAUUUAUCUCAGCACAAGAAUUUAAAAUUCUUUGUGUACCGAAUGUCGGAUGCAUGAAGGGUCGUUAUAUGGACGGCUAUCAAACGGAAAAAUUUGAGGCAUUCUUGGGAAUUCCCUAUGCCGAGCCACCUUUAGGUCAACGAAGAUUCAGGAGCCCCGUAUGGAAGCCCAAAUGGGAUGAUAUUAUUGAUGCUACAAUGGCAAAACCAGAUUGCAUACAAAAGAAUUAUCUUUUACCUACUCCAAUAGUAUAUGGAGAAGAGGAUUGCCUUUACCUAAAUAUUUACAGGCCAGUGCUUCGGUCAGGUGCGUUACCCGUAAUGGUCUACAUACACGGCGGAGGUUUUUUUAGUGGGUCAGCUAGUCCUUUAAUAACUGGACCGGAGUAUAUUAUGGACACAGGGGAGGUAAUCUUGGUCACAAUGGCCUAUCGAUUGGGGGCUUUAGGUUUUCUUUCUACUGGAGAUGCAAAUAUGCCUGGUAAUUUUGGUCUUAAAGAUCAACAUUUGGUAUUUAAGUGGAUCCAAAAUCACAUAGAAGCUUUCGAUGGCGAUAAGACUAAGGUUACCAUAUUUGGUCAGAGUGCUGGAGGCGUGGCCACCCAUUUGCAUUUAUUAAAUCCUAACUCUGAAAAUCUUUUUCAUAACGUGAUUAGUAUGAGUGGCACGGCCAAUGUUCCUUUUGCUAUAAACGAAAAUCCUCUGGAACAAGCUAUAAAAACCGCGGAACUGUGUCACAUCCGAAAUGCAAAGCAUAUGAGUACAGCCGACCUUUCCGAGGCUCUAAGAAAUGUGGAUGUAUUAAAACUAAUUAAUGCCGGUGAUGGCCUGAAAUAUUGGGAUGUGGAUCCCUUAACCAACUACCGUCCGGUCGUAGAGCAUGAAAGUCCAGAUUCGAUUAUACCAGCUCAUCCAGAAGAGUUGAUGAAAAGAAACUAUCAAGGACGGCCAUGGCUUGUUGGAACCGUCCCUGAAGAAGGUGCCGUCCGCGUUGUCAAUAUUAUCGAAAAUAGCACAUUACUUAAUCAGUUCAAUCAGCGAACUGAAUACUUACUUCUAAAGCUAAUGGAGUGGCCCGAUAGGUACACAGCAGAACAACAGGAGCAUAAAACAUCAGUAGUCGUAACUGAGUACUUAAGAGGCAUCUGGAAUAUAAGGCACGCUAAUGAAUUUGGUUUUUUGGACUCGAUCACCGAUAGAGGUUUCAAACAUCCUCUCUACAAAGCUAUCAAAGAACAUAAUGAUAGGAGAGGACGAACCUGGUUUCCUCAUUUUAUGUACAAAUUUAAUUAUAAGGGUCCAUUUAGUUAUGCCUCACUGUAUACCCAAGCAAAUGUAACCGGGAAAUAUGGAGUUGUUCAUUGCGAUGAUUUGUUAUAUUUGUUCCGCACUCCUCUUAUAUUUCCCGACUUUGAUAAGAAAUCCACAGAGGCCAAGGUAAUCGAUAGUUUUGUAUCAUAUAUCGUCAGUUUUGCCAGAUUCGGAUAUGCCGCUGGUGUUCCUCCGACUGGUUUUUGCUCAACAGCAAUUUUAAAUGCAAGACGCGAUGGCAUUUGUGACUACCAUGAAUUUGUCAAGAGUGAUACAAAUCCAAAUGGAUUUGAAGUGAAAGUAAGUACUGAAUUUCCAACUGAGAGAGUAAGAUUAUGGCAAGAGUUAUUGGACGAAAAAGUGUGAGAUGCACAGCCAUUAAAUAAAAAUAGCAGCAGCUAGACAAAA